GGAGACAGACAGGGGCAAUCCCACUGUCUGAAGCCACAGCUCCUUGUAACAGCUCCAAGCUGUGACAGACUCGAACAUAGACAAUAUAUGUAGUGUGGUGUGUACUGUAGGGCCUGUCUGCAGGGCUUCCCUUGUGCUCCCAUGCGGAGAGGACCCCCCAGGGGAGCUGACGCCAGCUGAGACCGAAAAAAACAAGAGUCUGAGGUCUAAUUUGCAUCAUGGCGGAGGAGGAGAGCCUGGAGACAGAUGGCCCCAGAUCCUCCAUGCCGGCUGAGCUCCACUAUCCCCACUCCAAGUAUGCUCAGUGGAAGUUUAAACUGUUUAGGCUGAAGUCCAUGGAGAAGGCCCCUCUGCCCAGUGAGACGCAGCCUGAGGAAGGAUCCUUGUUAGGGGUUUCACCUCCCGCAGCUCCAAAUAUAGAGUCAGAUAAUGGCGAGGGUCCAGGGAGUGUUAUGAAACUGUGCCUAGGGGGAAAAAGCAGGGAAAAUGUGGAGGGCCCUGGCCGGAGGGUAGAUAUGAAGCUGCAGGAAAUGGACACCCACAUGAGCCACCUCAGGUGCCUUUGCCGUCUCUGUGGAAUGACCCUGAGGAAAGUCAAAGGGCCGGUGCACGAUAUUCACGGGGGUCUGGAUGAGGUCAGCAAAGCUUCGCUGCGUAGAAUGGGCUGCAAGUUCCCAAGCUGGCCAGAGGUCAUCCUCAGAGUCUUCAAAGUGGACGUGACGGAGGACACGGAGUCUGUCCACCCUCUUUCCUUCUGCCAUCGCUGCUGUCUGGUGGCCAUACGAGGAGGGGGCGUCUGCAGCUUCACCCCAACAAAAGUCCCCGAGUGGAAACCCCACUCUUCCCCCUGCCACCUUUGCUCCCCGAGGAAACCUUCAUUCCAGCGGACUGGGAGGAAGAAGAGGAAAGCCAUUCCCAGAGCCCAGAGUCUGGCUAAAAGGAGCAGGUGGGACCACGGCGACAGCAUCGCCGUUGGCGAGAGGAGGGUUCUGAGGCCGUUCGGAGACAACUAUCACAGCCCUGUGCUCAGGGCGUGGAGGAAACCCAGCCGCCAGAGAGAGCAAUGGGUGAGGAACAUCACCCGCUGCCAGAAAGACCACCUGAAUACCAAGCUGAUCUCUGAGAAGCUUCCUAUAGACUUCCUCUUUUGUUUCACCUGCCUGGUGUGUGACCACCUGCUCUCUGAUCCAGUCCAGUCCCCCUGUGGGCACCUCUUCUGCCGCAGCUGUAUCAUAAAAUACAACCACGUCCUGGGACCUCACUGCCCGGCCUGCAACUUGUCCUGCGCCCCCGACGAUCUCACCCUGCCAGCCAAGACCUUCUUAUCAGCCCUCCAUUCUCUGCCUCUGCUCUGCCCCAGAAGCAGCUGUGACAAGCAGGUACGGCUGGACUCAUUUAAAGCUCAUUGUCUGAGCCAUGAGCUGGGUGAACAGGACCCAAAGUCAUCAGAAGACCUGCUAACCAAUAAAGGGGGGAGACCCCGUCAGCACCUGCUAUCGCUGACCCGUCGCGCCCAGAAGCAUCGGCUGAGGGAUAUGAAGACCCAGGUGAAGGCGUUUGCGGACAAAGAGGAAGGUGGCGACCUGAAGUCUGUGUGUCAGACUCUGUUUCUGCUCGCACUGAGGUCUGGGAACGAACACCGGCAGGCGGACGAGCUAGAGGCCAUGAUGCAAGGCAGAGGCUUUGGGUUGCAUCCUGCUGUGUGCUUGGCCAUUCGGGUCAACACAUUCCUGAGCUGCAGCCAGUAUCACAAGAUGUACCGGACUGUCAAAGCCACCAGCGGCCGCCAGAUCUUCCAGCCCCUGCACACCCUGCGAGCCGCCGAGAAGGAGCUUCUCCCUGGCUUUCACCAGUUUGAAUGGCAGCCAGCUCUCAAGAACGUGUCUACAUCUUGCAGCGUUGGCAUUAUUAAUGGGCUCUCUGGAUGGGCUUCCUCGGUGGAUGACAUCCCGGCUGACACCAUCACUCGGCGCUUUCGCUAUGAUGUGGCGCUGGUGUCGGCUUUAAAGGAUCUGGAGGAGGACAUCGUGGAGGGGCUGAGAGAGAGCGGGAUGGAAGAUAGCGCUUGCACCUCGGGCUUCAAUGUCAUGAUCAAGGAGUCCUGUGAUGGCAUGGGCGAUGUCAGCGAGAAGCACGGCGGAGGACCAGCUCUUCCCGAGAAGGCUGUGCGCUUUUCUUUCACUGUUAUGUCUGUCUCUGUCCUGGCAGACGAGGGGGAGGAAGAGGUUACCAUCUUCACUGAGCCAAAGCCAAACUCAGAACUGUCCUGUAAGCCCCUCUGCCUGAUGUUUGUGGAUGAGUCAGACCACGAGACGCUCACAGCCGUCCUCGGGCCUGUUAUCGCGGAGCGCCAUGCCAUGAAAGAGAGCAGGCUCAUCCUGUCCUUGGGCGGACUGCCUUGCUCUUUCCGCUUCCACUUCAGAAGCACGGGAUACGAUGAGAAGAUGGUGCGUGAGAUGGAGGGCCUCGAGGCCUCGGGGUCCACCUACGUUUGCACGCUUUGUGACUCCACGCGGGCGCAGGCCUCUGAAAACAUGGUGCUGCACUCCGUCACUCGCUGUCACGAGGAGAACCUAGAUCGUUACGAGAUAUGGAGAACCAACCCCUUUUCUGAGUCUGUGGACGAGCUGCGGGACAGAGUCAAAGGGGUCUCCGCCAAGCCCUUCAUGGAGACCCAGCCCACGAUGGACGCGUUACACUGCGACAUCGGCAACGCCAUAGAGUUCUACAAAAUCUUCCAGGACGAGAUCGGGGAGGUGUACAAAAAGAUCAACCCCAGCCGGGAGGAGCGGCGCAGCUGGAGGGCAGCCCUAGAUAAACAGCUGAGGAAGACGAUGAAGCUGAGACCGGUGAUGAGGAUGAAUGGGAACUACGCGCGCAAGCUAAUGACCCAGGAGGCUGUGGAGGUGGUGUGCGAGCUGGUGCCCUCGGAGGAGAGGAGGGAGGCCCUGAGGGAGCUGAUCAGGAUCUACCUCCAGAUGAAGCCCGUGUGGCGCGCCACCUGCCCCGCCAAGGAGUGCCCCGACCAGCUGUGCCGCUACAGCUUUAACUCCCAGCGCUUCGCCGACCUCCUCUCCUCUGCCUUCAAAUACAGGUACAACGGCAAGAUAACCAAUUACCUGCACAAGACCCUGGCCCACGUGCCCGAGAUCAUAGAGAGAGACGGAUCCAUCGGAGCCUGGGCCAGCGAGGGGAACGAGUCGGCCAACAAGCUGUUCAGGCGCUUCCGUAAGAUGAAUGCUCGUCAGUCAAAGGCCUUUGAGCUGGAGGACGUUUUGAAGCAUCACUGGCUCUACACCUCCAAGUAUUUGCAGAAGUUUAUGGAAGCUCACAAGGACUCUGCCAAAGCUCUGCAAGCUACCAUUGAUCCAGUGGAGAGCCAGGAGUACGAGGACUUGUCUCUGGAAGUUAACGACUUUUGAUUUUUCUUUUAAUGGGAACCUUAAGUGUUAACAUUUCAUUGAUUUCAAGAUAGUUGUACAAUAUUUGAAUUGCCUCUAUCAAUAAUAUGGACUUGUUUACAAAUGGACUUUGAUAUUUAGAAAAACGGGGGAAUGGAGCUCAUGGACUUAAAGCCAAGAUUUUUCAUAUUUUGUUGUGAUUAAAGUAUCUUUGAAAAUUUAAACCAACAUCAUCCUUUAUUGUUGGAUUUUCUAAAAAUAAAAAAAAAUCCUUGCACUCGAACAGAGUCAUUUUAUGGAAAAAAAUGUUCUCACACCACAUUUUUAAAUGCAUGUUUUACUUGUUUUGAAUGUAUUUGUACUGCUGUGUUGUAUACAGUACAUAUACAUUUGUCAUGCUUUGUUACCUGUUAGUUACUACAGUGCAAAGAUGAAUAUAGAGGUAACACACCGGUUUCUUUUCUCUCGUUCAGAGCAGGAAAGUUCUUUUUUUUUUAUCUUCACCGUCUGUGAAAUAUGGCACAGUUUAUUGUAUUGCAAGGAUGUGACACAUUUAUGAAUUUAUAUAGAGGUGAUAUUUAUGGAAACAGAUGAAAGUGCUGUAAGUCAUGGGGGGGAAAUUGUGUUAAAAAGACCACAUUUGUGGCCACUGUAUUAAUAUAUCAUUUGAGCUGGAACAAAAUGCAAUCACAGAGACCCAAAUGUUCUUUGUUUCAUGAGUGCCCUCUGAAAAAGAUUACUUUAGUGCUUUAUCGUGGGAUCCCUGAGGGGCAGAAUAGAUGCCAGGUCACUUUGAACCAAUUUUUAUCUCUUUUAGUUUUUCCACAGCGGAGGAUAGAUGAUGCUUAUUCGAAUUCUUCACAUAAAAUAAAGCAUAUACUGACCUUUCUGUUGAUAUCAUAAAAAUACAGUAUGGUCCAUUACGGAGCCUAAUACCCCAUGGACUCUCCAGCAGCAGCCAGGGAUUUUUCUUAAGUUCUGUAUAAAACCUGGCUCUUUUUCCUCUGCUGAUAUUUCUUCAUCGCCACGGCUGACAGAGGAGAGGGAUGAGCGGGAGCUGGAGAGACCGCCAUGUAAACUGAUUUGUUGGCAACUUUAUUUCUUUGAUUGAUUGAUUAUAUUAUCUUUUUUUCAGCCCCUCACCAUUUUGAAUUGUGACAGGCAAUUUUGUAUUUCCUAUUUGAUUGAAUGUUUGAUUUUAUUUUACUGUCACAAGUUUAACCAUGUGACAGCUGUGAAAUAUUCACAUUUCAUUCCAUCGUUGUCAUUUUUCCUACAAUACCACCAUGCUUCAGUGUGCAACUUGUCUCAUAUUUGUGUUUUUUGUGCCAUAAUGAAUUGCAUUUCCAAAGUAAUGGAUGAUGGAUGAAUCACGGGAUUCCACUCGUUCACUUUUCACCAUGUAUUUCCUCAUUUUGUGUUUCCAUAUUACACUAAAUAUCAGGUGUUUACUGGCGGUUGCUGAAGACUUUCAGUGGUCAUUUAUUUUGCAUAUACUAGUACUGUAUUACACUGAGGUUCCACUACUUUUCUACUGAUAUUUCUGCCGUAUUUUCACUGAAGAAGACAACUUACCAUCCUUGUGAUUGGAUUUUUUUGUCCUU